CAAUUGAAGCCAAAGCAAGUUUUGUUUUCAGAAUGGCCGUGGCGCUUCGCCUUGCUGCGAUUUUGGUUGUGCUGUGCCGAGGAGAGCCGGAGGAUGAGAAGUUUCUUGAGGAGAAUCGCUUGCGAGACGACGUGACCGAAACGGCAUCAGGAUUACAAUACGAGGUGGUCAAGAGUGGAGGCGGUCCAAGCCCUGAACCGGAUUCCAAGUGCGUGGUGCAUUACCGCGGAUCUUUGUUGAACGGAUCAGAGUUUGACAGCUCUCAUAAGCGUGGCGCACCUGCUACCUUCAAGCCAUCAGCAUUGAUGCCAGGCUUCAAGGAGGCCUUGCUGAUGAUGAGGCCUGGCGACACUUGGAAGAUUUGGAUCCCCAGCCAGAUAGCAUAUGGACCCAAAGGGGCAGGCAGUGCCAUCCCUGCCAAUGCAGCCCUCUUUUUUGAGCUGGAGCUCAUGGAGGUGAGCCCCCCUGCUGAAGGUCUGGAGUGGGCGUGGGAGCAAGCCACGGCUAAUCCGAUGCCGAUUGCUUUGCUUUGCAUGGUCGCCUUCCAAUUCCUCCAGAGCUAUUUUGGCAAGAGCGGAGCCUCCAACAUGAAGGAGCUGCCUAUCUCUGAAGCAGCAUCUGAGGAGAACCCGAAGGUGUUUUUUAGCGUGCAGAUUGGCGAAGAUGAGCCCGAGCGUAUCGAGAUGGAGCUUUUUGCCAAGAGCUAUCCCAAAACAGCAGAGAACUUCCGCUGCUUGUGCACCGGAGAGAAGGGCAAAGGCAAGUCCGGGAAGCCAUUGGCCUUCAAAGGCAGCAUUUUCCAUCGCAUCAUCCCUGGCUUCAUGUGCCAGGGCGGGGAUUUCACAAAAGCAAAUGGAACCGGUGGUGAGUCCAUCUAUGGAGAGAAGUUUGAAGAUGAGUGGGACAGUGGCUUCAUCACGCAUAACAAAGCUGGGUUGCUGUCAAUGGCCAAUGCUGGCAAGGAUACGAACGGGUCACAGUUCUUUGUCACCCUGGCAGCUUGCCCACAUCUUGACGGAAAGCAUGUGGUCUUUGGUCACGUGAUCAGUGGCAUGGAUGUGGUGACAAAAAUGGGCGCAACCGGCACAGGUGGUGGCACGCCAAAGCAGAAAGUGACCAUCGUUGACUGUGGUGAAGUCAAGAGCAAAUCCACGUAAGACAGCCAUGAAUCGGCAUGCGUUCGAACAGCGCGAUGCCGGCGCAGUGAGGAUAGAACA